GGUCCCACCCCCCUGAUUCCUGAAUCCAAUGUGGGGGUUAUAUAAGGAGCUCUCUAUACCAUCAACCCUCGUCCCAGUGGAAGCAUCUACCUGCCAGUGCAUCUUGACCACCAGAAUAAACCGCAAUCAUGUGUGACGAUGAUGAGACCACCGCACUUGUGUGUGACAACGGCUCUGGCUUGGUCAAGGCUGGAUUCGCCGGAGAUGAUGCUCCCCGAGCUGUCUUCCCUUCCAUCGUUGGAAGGCCCCGCCACCAGGGUGUGAUGGUGGGUAUGGGGCAGAAGGACAGCUAUGUGGGUGAUGAGGCCCAGAGCAAAAGGGGUAUCCUGACUCUGAAGUACCCGAUUGAGCACGGUAUCAUCACCAACUGGGAUGACAUGGAAAAGAUCUGGCAUCACACAUUUUACAACGAGCUGCGUGUGGCUCCCGAGGAGCACCCCACCCUCCUCACUGAGGCGCCACUGAACCCCAAAGCCAACAGGGAGAAGAUGACUCAGAUCAUGUUUGAGACAUUUAACGUCCCCGCUAUGUAUGUGGCCAUCCAGGCUGUGCUUUCUCUGUAUGCUUCUGGUCGUACCACUGGUAUUGUGCUUGAUUCUGGUGACGGUGUUACCCACAACGUCCCAAUCUAUGAGGGUUACGCUCUGCCACAUGCCAUCAUGCGUCUCGAUCUGGCUGGCCGUGACCUGACAGACUACCUGAUGAAGAUCCUGACUGAGCGUGGCUACUCCUUUGUCACCACUGCUGAGCGUGAGAUUGUGCGAGACAUUAAGGAGAAGUUGUGCUACGUGGCUCUUGACUUUGAGAAUGAGAUGGCCACUGCUGCCUCCUCAUCCUCGUUGGAAAAGAGCUAUGAACUGCCCGAUGGUCAGGUCAUCACCAUUGGUAAUGAACGUUUCCGUUGCCCAGAGACCCUCUUCCAGCCUUCUUUCAUUGGUAUGGAGUCUGCUGGAAUUCAUGAAACUGCAUACAACAGCAUCAUGAAGUGCGACAUUGACAUCCGUAAGGACCUGUAUGCCAACAAUGUGCUCUCUGGUGGUACCACAAUGUAUCCCGGUAUUGCUGACCGUAUGCAGAAGGAGAUCACAGCCCUGGCCCCAAGCACCAUGAAGAUCAAGAUCAUUGCUCCUCCUGAGAGGAAGUACUCUGUCUGGAUUGGUGGCUCCAUCCUGGCUUCCUUGUCCACUUUCCAGCAGAUGUGGAUCAGCAAACAGGAGUAUGAUGAGGCCGGCCCCUCUAUUGUCCACAGAAAAUGCUUCUAAACCUAUAGCCACCUGUUUCCACCCCUGUGUUUGUACAUCGUUAUGUGUUGUAUAUACAUGUCUGUGCACUGUUGUAAUAAAGAUAAGCCUUUCAGAGAC